CCAAAAACCCUAAGCACACGUCUCCACUCUCCAGCUAGUCCGGCGCGGGGCCUCCGUUCCGCCGCUGUUGUUCGACCAGGCCACCGGCGGCGGCACGCGCGUAGUUUCCGGCGAUGUCGGCGCAGGCGGGGGCAGGGACGUACUCCCCGGCGGCUGCGGCGGGGGACAAGCGGCGGGAGAAGAGGGAGGAGCUGCGGCGCCACCUCGCCGAGGAUGCCGACUGGCCCCGCGCCGACGGACGCUCCUUCCACGACUGCCGGCCAGCGUUUAUGCAAACAGGGCCAACUACGGCUGCAUCAGGGUCUGCUUAUGCGGAAUUUGGGAAGACAAAGGUCAUUGUAUCAGUGUUCGGGCCAAGAGAAAGUAAGAAAGCAAUGAUGUAUAGCGAUGUCGGUAGGCUCAAUUGCAAUGUGAGCUAUACAACAUUUGCCACUCCAGUGCGUGGACAGGGUGCAGACAACAAAGAGUACUCAUCAAUGCUUCAUAAAGCUUUGGAAGGCGCAGUAAUGCUACACACUUUUCCAAAGACCACUGUUGAUGUUUUUGCCUUGGUUCUUGAGUCUGGUGGCAGUGAUCUACCCAUCAUCAUAUCAUGUGCUAGUCUUGCACUAGCAGAUGCUGGAAUCAUGAUGUACGACCUUGUUACAUCUGUAUCCGUGUCUUGUUUUGGAAAGAACAUCAUCAUCGAUCCAAUGUCAGAUGAGGAAGCAUGGCAAGAUGGAAGCCUCAUGGUAGCUUUCAUGCCAGCCCGCAAGGAGAUCACCCAACUCACACUGACUGGAGAAUGGAGUGAUGGCAGAAUCACCAAUGCGGUAGAGCUCUGCAUGGAUGCUUGCAGUAAGCUUGGUGACAUACUGCGCGACCGCUUGAAGGAUACUGCCACCUUGACGAGCGAAUGACAUUGUUGAGGCAACACUUGCAACAACUAUCCUUAGCUGUACAAAAAAUCUGUAGGCAAGGGAGGCUGAUAGUCCUGAUGUUUGAGUGAGCAUACAUGGUUAUGGUGAUUGAUUAAUUACUUCCAUCAUGGCAAAAGAGUGAACUUUCAAACCGGGAAGAAGUUGCAGGGUGGUGUUUCUAUCAUGUAAUGUACUCCUGACUUCUAACCUUUUGGUUUUCAUGAAUCGCCUGUAUUUUUUCUCUGUACUGUAAGACUUUGCUCUACCGUAUCCUGGAUUCUCAAGAUCCUGAUCUUUAUUUUGGGCUCAAGAG